GUCAGGGACAUGGGAGUUAAGAGAGGUAGGGGAAAGGGAAUUCGGAGGCCCAACUCCCAUCAGACUCUUCCCGGGGGGACCCUAGUAAUUCAGCCAGGGAGUGGGAAUUGACGUUAAAAAAAACGCGAGCUGUUCCUCACGUCCCACGGCGUAAGGGGAUAAAGGCGCGAAAAUUCUAGAGAAAGCGCGAGAUGGCGGCACACACGAACAGGAGCUAAGGUCGCAGAUUUGUCUCAGCACUUUGUUUCCCCUUUUCUAUCAGGAGCAAGAGAAACCAAAAGGCUGCAGAUCGCAAGCAAAGAACAAGAGAAUGGAGGGGGAUUUGAUCCAUAUCAAAAUGCAUCAUGGGGGUACAUUUUCAAUGGAAGGACCACUUACUUAUGAUGGUGGCGAAGUGUCUAUUAUUCGAGACUGUGACAGUGAGCGUACAUCGUAUUUUCGUCUAGUUCGCAUGGCUAAAGACGUAGGUUUCAAGGAUGGUGAUGAGUUAUAUUAUACAGUCCUUGGCUGUAGUCUUGACGAAGGAAUUGAUUUAAUUCAUGAUGAAAAUUCUGUCAUUAAGAUGUUGAACUUUGCAAAGAAACACAACUUUGCAGACAUCUAUCUUAAACAUAAAGACCAUGAAAAUAUGUCUGCUGAUCCAAGAUCUGGUCUGCGCACUAAUGAGAAACUUCCAGCUGAGACAUGGCACGUCCACCAACAAACCGGGAAAACAUAAUCUUAUGGCACACAAUGAGGCAACGAAGAGUGAAAAUACUCAUACUUUUAUAUCUGUUGUUGCAAAUCUUCAUGAUGUUACUUAGGAGGAGUCGAUAUAGGAUGCGUCGAAUUAGGCAACCUUCUUGGUAUGACCCAAUUACUCGAGCACAAACCCUGAACAACAAGAUACGAGUAAGCGAUACGGAAUGCAUUUUCCAACUACGGAUGGAUAGGCGUUGUUUCAGAGUGUUAUGUUCUUUGGUAAGAAAAAUAGGUGGGUUGAAGGAUACUAGGCAUAUGAGCGUGGAAGAAACGGUUGCCAUGUUUCUUCACAUACUUGCACAUGAUGAGAAAAACCGAGCAAUCCAUCAUGAUUUCCAGCGUUCACCUGAAGUGGUAAGUCGGAAAUUCCAUGAAGUACUAGGCGCAGUUUUAAAACUCUGGAAAGUGUUGCUUAAGAAGCCUCGACCAAUUCCAGCCAAUUGCGCUGAUGGAAGGUGGAAGUGCUUUAAGAAUUGUUUAGGUGCCUUAGAUGGGACAUAUAUAGAAGUUCAUGUGCCCAAAACUGACAAACCAAGAUUCCGUUCAAGAAAGAAUGAAGUUGCAACAAAUGUUCUUGGUGUAUGUGCGCCAGACAUGCAAUUCAUUUAUGUAUAUCCGGGUUGGGAAGGAUCUGCGGCUGAUGGGAGGGUGCUUCGAGAUGCUUUAUCAAGAUCAAAUGGCCUUAAGGUUCCUCGGGAAAACCAAGUCAAAGGAGGCUAAAUUGACAUCGAAAAAGAGAGACAAGAGAACAUGGACAGCGGAGGAGGAGAGGUUGCUUAUUGACAUUCUACAUAACAUGAAUGAUUCUUCUUGGAAAGUAGAUACUGGCCACAAGUCUGGAUAUCUGACCUACAUUGAGAAGGAAAUGGCUAAAGUGCUGCCACAUGCUGAUCUUAAAGCAGAUCCACAUAUCAGGUCUAAAGUUAAGAUUUUGAAGAAGCAACUUUCAUAUGUUCUGGAAAUUAUGCAAAAUGGUAGUGGGUUUGGAUGGGAUGAUGAGAAGAAGAUGGUAACUGGAGAUAGGGAGACGUAUAUGGGCUGGGCAAAGUCUCGUGAGGGAGCAGGUCCUUUGUACAUGAAGCCUAUGGUUAACUUUGACAAGCUAUGUGAGGUAUAUGCUACUGAUUUAGCUAAAGGAGGGAGUGCUAAAGGUCCGGGUGAAGAAGAAAUAGUAGAAGAUGGAUCAAUAGUAGAUGCACAACCUACCAGCAAACCAGCCAAGGAGAAUCUUCCUGAAUUAAAUGAUACAAGCCCAUCCGGUGGUUCUAGGCAUGGUCGUAAGAGAACAUACCCUGAUGAUGAAGCACUUGAGUCAGGUCUUGCAAGUGUGUCGAAUACAAUUGCAAAGUUCUUGGAAGCUGAGCAGGAGAAUGCUAAAACCAUGAAUGGUUUACAGAGGGCAUUUAUGCAUGAAUCGCAUGUUCAUGAGCAAACAUCAGCCAAUAGAACCAAGUUACUUGAUAUUCUCCAGAAUCUUAAGGGUCUCACAACCGAAGAGGUUGUAAUGGCUAUCCGUGUCAUUGGUGGUGAUGCUGGAAAGACAGAACUUUUCAUCAAUUUGCGUGAUGAUUACAAAGUGGUGUUUGUUCGUCAGGAGCUUGACGCGGCCAAAAAAUAAUUGAAUAUUCAGAUCUACAAUUCUGGAUUCUUAGUUUCAUUUUUUAGCUCAGGACUACUCGUUUUCUUUUAAACUCGUCAGUAAGAACAUUUGGUGCUUCCCAAUUUAUUUUACAUUGCCAUUUCCUAUACAGUACACCAGUAGUACAUUUAUGGAAAUAUGCUGAAUGAUUGGUUCAUGCUAGUGCUGUAAGAAAAGGAUAUUUUCAUCUCUUUCAUCAACCGAUGUGGGUAUUGUUGUGUCAUGUGUUGCUCUCAUUUCCUCCUACCUACAACAAUGAUCUUAUGACAUUGUAUACUAUAUCUCGAAUUGCUUA